GACUCAGAAGGAGGCCUCUACGUGUGCAUGAACACGUUUCUGGGAUUUGGAAGGGAGCACAUCGAGCGGCAUUACCGGAAAACGGGCCAGUGUGUGUACCUGCACCUGAAACGGCACCUGAGACAGAAGGUACCAGGAGCAUCUGGUGGAGCUUUACCAAAAAGGAGGAACGCUAAGCUAUUUUUAGAUCUGGAGAUAAGCAGUGAUCUCAACAGUGAUGACUUUGAAUAUGAGGAUGAAGCAAAACUUGUUAUCUUUCCUGAUCACUAUGAAAUCUCAUUACCCAACAUAGAAGAGCUACCAGCACUGGUGACGAUAGCUUGUGAUGCACUGCUCAGUGCAAAAUCACCCUACAGGAAACAGGAACCUGACUCCUGGGAAGAAGAGCUGCAGGCAUCUAAACAUGCUAAAACACUUGUACAGUUAGACAAUGGUGUUAGAAUUCCCCCCAGUGGUUGGAAGUGCUCCAGGUGUGACCUGCGGGAGAACCUGUGGCUGAACCUGAGCGACGGCUCCGUGCUCUGUGGGAAGUGGUUCUUCGAUGGCAGCGGGGGCAACGGGCACGCCGUGGAGCACUACAGGGACACGGGCUAUCCCCUGGCAGUGAAGCUGGGCACCAUCACUCCUGAUGGAGCAGAUGUCUAUUCCUUUGAUGAAGAGGAGCCGGUCUUAGAUCCACAUAUAGCAAAACACUUGGCACACUUUGGAAUUGAUAUGCUGCAGAUGCAAGUGACAGACAACGGGCUAAGAGAUAAUGACAUAAAGCCAAGAGUCUCAGAAUGGGAAGUGAUUCAGGAAGCUGGUGUGAAACUCAAGCCCAUGUAUGGGCCAGGAUACACUGGCAUGAAGAACCUGGGGAAUAGCUGCUACCUCAAUGCUGUCAUGCAAGCCAUUUUCAGCAUCCCAGAGUUCCAGCGAGCGUAUGUGGGAAACCUUCCACGAAUAUUUGACUACUCCCCUCUUGAUCCAACCCAAGAUUUCAAUACUCAGAUGGCUAAACUGGGACACGGCCUCCUUUCAGGCCAAUACUCUAAGCCACCCAUGAAAUCUGAGCUCAUUGAGCAGGUGAUGAAAGAAGAACACAAGCCUCAACACAAUGGAAUAUCUCCUCGAAUGUUCAAGGCUUUUAUAAGUAAAGGCCACCCAGAAUUUUCCUCUAACAGACAACAAGAUGCACAGGAAUUUUUCCUUCAUCUAAUAAAUCUAGUAGAGAGGAACCCCGUGGGCUCGGAGAACCCCAGCGAUGUGUUCCGGUUCCUGGUGGAGGAGCGCACGCAGUGCUGCCAGUCCCGCAAGGUGCGCUACACCCACAGGGUGGACUACAUCAUGCAGCUCCCCGUGGCCAUGGAGGCAGCCACCAACAAAGAUGAAUUAAUUGCCUAUGAACUGAAGAGGCGAGAAGCAGAAGCUGCAAGGAGACCUCUGCCAGAGCUGGUCCGUGCCAAGAUCCCAUUUAGUGCUUGUCUGCAGGCCUUUUCUGAGCCCAGCAAUGUGGAGGACUUCUGGAGCAGUGCCCUUCAAGCAAAAUCUGCUGGAGUUAAGACUUCCCGCUUUGCUUCCUUUCCUGAGUACUUAGUGGUGCAGAUAAAGAAAUUCACCUUUGGCCUUGACUGGAUACCCAAAAAGCUUGAUGUUUCUAUUGACAUGCCAGAUUUCCUGGAUAUCACUCACCUUCGGGCCAGGGGGCUCCAGCCAGGAGAAGAGGAACUCCCAGACAUUGCUCCUCCCAUUGUCAUUCCUGAUGACCCAAAAGAUCACAUGAUGAACCAUUUCGUGGAGUCCCUAGAUAUUGAUGAGUCUUCAGUAAUGCAGCUGGCAGAGAUGGGCUUUCCUUUGGAGGCGUGUCGGAAGGCUGUGUACUAUACAGGCAACCUGGGUGCUGAAGUUGCUUUCAACUGGAUCAUUGCACACAUGGAAGAGCCAGACUUUGCUGAGCCAUUGGUCAUACCUGCAUUUGGGGAAGUUGCUUCCAGUGGGGCAGCUGCUUUAGGAGCUGUAGGAUUAGAUAACCAGCCUCCUGAAGAGAUGGUUGCAAUCAUCAUUUCCAUGGGAUUCCAGAGGAAUGUGGCAAUUCAGGCGCUGAAGGCAACAAACAACAACUUGGAGCGUGCACUGGAGUGGAUCUUCAGCCACCCUGACCCUGAGGAAGAAAGUGACCCUGCUUUGGACACCAUGGAUAUGGAGAACAAUGCCAAUGCCAAUAUCCUUGCAGAGCCAGGGUCAGAGGGACCCAGGAUCAAAGAUGGCCCUGGAAGAUAUGAGCUGUUUGGGUUCAUCAGCCACAUGGGAACAUCCACAAUGAGUGGCCACUACGUUUGUCACCUCAGAAAGGAGGGAAGAUGGGUGAUCUACAACGACCUUAGAGUCUGUGCCUCAGAACGACCUCCCAAAGACCUGGGCUACAUUUAUUUUUACCACAGGAUACCAAGUUAGGCCUCAAAUCUAUCACCUGGCCUUAAGAAGCCAUAAGCCUUUUUAACCUGCCCAAAAAAAGCCUACAAUAAAAAUCUAAAACCAACAAAAGACCCCUUAACCCUUGGACUGCCAAAAAGCAAAGGAAACCAUGGGAUGUUUAUAGUGUAUUUAAAAACAAUCAUUUGAUGCCGCCUUAAGUGUUAGAUGGAAGAUUUCUAUUAGGUGCUGUAUAGGACAUUGUUUUAAAUUUAUACACCUUGCAGGCCAUGUGGAUUUCUGGUGGAGUUUGCAGCUAGUGUGUGGAGAAUAUGGAAGCUUCAGUGUUGAGCAGAAACAGUUCAGCCCAGCUCCUGCCUGUCCUGCCCGUGCAUCCUUUGAAGAGCACAAACAGAUUUUUGUGUCCUUGGUGACUGGGAGCCUGUGUUUGCAUCCAGAGUCCAGAUCAUGUCGAGAAAUCAUUUGUAGGGAGGGGGUUUGUGGCUGUUCUUCAGAGCAGAAUGUCCUUUCUCAGAGAUUAUUUUCAGUGCAGUGAGAAAAGUCAGCUGAAGUUGUAUCUGUUGGAAUUCUGUGGUACAGUAUCUUGAUUUGACUUUUCCAGCUUAAGCCUAAGAGACUGAUGGAGACAGGAGCAAUCUCCUGUCAGUGCCCUGUACAUUUUUUGCCAAAGAGAAAUUUUGUUUUUGCAGACAUAGGUUUCUUCAUCUUCACUUGAAUGUUUAUUUAGUAAGUUCUACCAACAGAUUCAGGAUUACAGAUGGCUAAAAGCAGCAGACUUUCUGACUAUGAAAUUAAAUGCACACCCUCAGGAAAGGCAAGGCUGUUAUUUAAAUUUUGUUUUCAUAUGGAGGAGGUAAAGAAGGGUUUAAUGUCCCAUUAUAUUUAUGUCAGGGAAAUUUGUAUCUAGACCACUCAUAUUCCAUCUGAAAUCAACUCCCUGACAAAGUACAUGCAGUGCAAUCCUGCUUUCUGCUAAAGAUUGCCUAAAUAUUGACUUUCAUAUCUAAAUGCGGGAAAUUGCUUAGUGAGUUUUCUGAUUUAUUGAUUUACCCCUCUCUUCCUCCGUUAAAAAACCAAACCAAAAUAACAACAACCAACAGGAACAAAAAAAAAAAAAACCCACAACAAAACCCCCUUGAAUUGAUAUUCUCAGUUUCUUUAAACUUGCAAAUGCAUCAAUAAUCUGAUCUCUCCAACAGACACCUUCUAAAAGGGGUCUGAUAUCUCUGGCAGGGAUGGUGGGGUGGGUAGGCAGGGGCUGGCCUUUCCUGUCUUUUUUAAAAUUUUUAUGGUGUUAUUUAAGUGUUUUUCACAGGUGAGAAUGCAUAUGUGGGUUUUAAAAUUAUAUUUGAAAACACUAAUUCUAGAAAAAUUACAAUGGUGAGUGCAAAACGUUUCAUGAUUCUGGAAAAAUAACCCAAAGGUUCCCAGUGUUGGACACUGCUUAGAGGCUGUUGCUGGAGUUGCCUUGUACAGUGUUACCAAGCCCUCAAAAUAAAUUGCAGCAGUAAAAAAAAAAAAAAACCAAAAAACCCCCCAAAAACCCAACUUUUUUUGCAGAGUGCAGGAGAGCCAGAGAGAUGUCAUUACAUUUUCUCUGCUGUUAGUGCCUGCAAGUUUUAAUAGCAAAUUCAGGCAGCUACACACUACAGAAGAUAACCCAAAUUAAACAUCUGUUUAUGAAAAGGGAAUUUUAGUUUUUGCAUUGUCUGGGGAAAAAUAAUUCUCCCUCUGGUCAUAAAGCUACGCAUAGAGCCAAAAUACACUAUUAGGAUUUUAAUCAGGUUUUGAUCAUAAAAGGUUGUGAGAGAAAUUCCAGUGCAAUAAUUCUGUAGAGUGUAAAGGUGUCUCUUUGCUGGGAGAGCUCCCUGCUCUUAAGGCUCUUGUGGACACAUUAGUGCAGUGUCCUGGCACAUUAAUGGGUGGCCCCUGUGACAUUCAGCUGCCUUGUGCUUUUUGAGCCACCAGCUCUGGAUUAAAUAAAAGCUGCCAGUUAUUUCUUUGCUUCUUCCAGAUUUUGGAUAUUUGAGGACUUCACCAGAAAGUGACAGGUUUGAAAAUGGGAUCAGCAAAUUAUGCAGUGAUACAUCUUCUAUUUAAAGUGAAAGAGCAAAACUUCUGUAUGUAUGUGUGUUUCUUCAUUCUGGCAGUAGAAAAAGGAGAAAAAGCCUUUUUUUUCUCCCCUCCUUUAAUUUUUAAUUCUUUUUUUGAAAUUCCUAUGUAUAUUCCAAAGAGGUUCAACACAACAGCUUCCUCUUGCCUCAUGAACUUAAAGGGCUAUUCAGAAACCAACAAGAUCUGGUGACUGCUCCCUUUUUAUUUAGAAAUAUUGGGUAAAUAAAGGCCAGCUGAGUAACCCCCAUGUUCAUUGCCCAACUGGAAGCAUGGCUGGUCUUGCAGGGUCAAGGAUGGAGCUGGAAUCUUGCAAAGUGCUUGGUGCAUCCCAGAGCUGUGAUGGCUGUGCAGCUGCCUGGGCUCAGGAGGAACAUUUGGAGAAUGAUAAACUGGAAAUGUGACUGGAAGGGGAGGGCCCUUGGCUGGCUGUGGUGAGUGAAUUGGAGCAGCUCAGGUGCUGGGGUUCUUCUCAUUUCAUAAUUUUUGUGUUUUGCCUGCCCAAACCAAAGUUAGUCAGGAGUGCAGGGAGCAGUUUAGAGGAAAGGAUUGCAGGUUUUCUAAAAUUUAGCUGUUAAAAAUAUAUUAGAAGUUCUUCAGUCAGGUACUUGAGGAAUUGCUUUAUUCUCUCCCAAAACAGUGGCCUCCCUCCUUUUCUCAAGUGGCUGGUUAAGUUGUCUCCCUUUUGUGAUGGGUUUUGUGUGAAGAACAUCAAGAACCCGGAGGAGCAGGAUGUAAACUCCUGACUCCUCAGCCUAAUGGGGGGCAGAGGAGUUUUGGUUUUUUUUAAACUCCAGCAUUGCAGAAACCCCACUGAAACAGACUGUACUGAGGGAAUGACUGAUCUGCCAGGCUGUGUCUGCUGCAGGCUGAAUGUGCUGAAUGUGCCAGGGCACAGCCUGGGCACACUCCCUGUGGGUGCUGGGGGCUCCGUGAGCUGGGAGCUGCCUGACAAAAAAGAAUGGGGGAAGAAAAAUCACUGUGAGCUGUUAGAGACAAUCUGACCUGAGAAUCACAGCAAGCCAGGACCUGGCAGUAAAUAAAGCUCUUAUUUCUCAGACUUAUUUUUACAUUUUUGUAUGGUACAUUUAGGCUAGGAGAAAGGAAGGAAGAAAAACUCAAUAACUUUUCCUUGAUUUCCUCUUCUCUUAUUCCUAGCAGUAUGCUGGAUCCAGUAGACUCCUCAUUCUGAGUUACAAUCUCCUGUCUCCAAAACACGUGUAGACACAAACUCCUAUUUAAUCUUCCUAGCUAAAAUAUAAUUAGGAUAAAAAUUAAUUUAUUCAAACCUGUAGUUUUAAAAUAAGAGUAGAUGUUUCUGAACUUCUAAUCACUUGUAACUCCACUGGGUUCAGUGCCAUUACCUCUGACUGACUUUGGUGUAAGUGAAACCAACAUCAGCCCAGUUCUAGAUUCAGACAGCCUCCACCAGGUCACAGAACACAUCCAGAAUGUGGAUGCAUCCAGAGCUCAUUAGAUUUCCUUAGAAACCUCUCCAACUGAUUCCUUUUGUUCUCCAUCCUGGCAGCAGCCAUUUUUAUCCUCUUUGCUGUUCUCAUGCAUUGGAAGUCUAUGCAAAAUAUGUAACUGGACAUUUUAUUGUUUUCCCUGUCGCCCUUCCUCCCUCAAUGGCUGAGAUUGGUGUCUGAUUUCUACUCAGUCUUCAGUGGUUUUACUGUUGUAUCCUGGAAGUGUCUGUCCUGGUUUACUUUGCACCAUUCAGAGUUGUUUGCUUGAAGCACUGUUAACUUUCUGGAGAGUAUUUGUCUGAGAUGAGAAAGGCUGUGAAUGACGUUGUUGCAACCGUUUUAAAUUAAAAAGAAAUAUUCUCACAUCUGGUGACUGUGUGGAUUCUUGCUUCUUUAUUCCUGUCUGAACUGGAGAGGAAUAGACAGAAUGUGUUUUGAUGCUGCCUCUCACUCUUUGUGUUCACAUUUGGUGUUUUACUUGGAAAGACCCUGCAUAGGGAAUAGAGAGGUUUGUGAGACUCUUGAUUUCUUGUGACUCCUGGCAUUUCUGUGGAUUUAAGGAAAAAAAAAAAAAAAAGUAAAAUCCCCAAGCCCUGAAUGGAUAUACAGCAUGGCAAAAAAUAGAAAUCAGGUUUUAAGUUAGACUGGUUUGUUUGUUUUUAACUGUUAGGCCUUUUGAUGUUCUUUGAUCACAAGAGUUGGCAAUGUUUGUGUGGAAUAGUGCUGUCAUUUCACUCCAAAUUUCUGCUUUAUCAUGGUCUGUAAUUCCUCAUACUCAGAAAUUGCUUCUGCUGCUCAGUAAAGGAGAAAGAACUCUGUUUUCCUCACGUGUAUUUCUUCACAUAGAAAUGUGACUUUUGGGACUCUGGUAGAUGCAAGAGGCUGAAAAAGAAGACUGAGAGGGGACAACUUUUUAUAGGAUCACAGGACCAGCAGCUGGAGCAGAGAUGUCCCUUGUGACCAUGGCAACCCAAGCCACGCUGUUCACACCACUUGUGGCAACUGGAAGAGGUGGGAGAGGUGGAGAGUGGCUCUCUGUAGAAGCUAACCAGCUCUGUUCACAAUUUCCAGGAGUUUCCUGUAUGGGAUUUGUGCCUGGCUGUUGCAGGCUGUUUGUGGGAAGCAGUGUUGGAUACCUGACAAGUUCCCACCCUCUGCUCCCCCUCACUGAAGUGGGAGAUUGUCCCUCAGGUGUACAAGCCUUACCCAAAUAAGGGCAGCACUGACAGCCUAUAAAAUUACUGAAAUGCUGUAAAAUCAUUGAAAACAGUUACUGCAUGACUGACAGCUGUUUGGAGUGGGUGAUUAUGUUUUCAGAUGUCUUUAGCAGUGAUUUUUGAGCAGUUUUGCAUGUGGAUUUGGUACUGAUGCUUUUCUCCCACUGCCUUUGGCUUUAGGACAGCAGUGCUGUAUUCCUGAUCUGGAGCACAGAACCAAAGGAUUUUCCUGCUGCUGCUUUGUCAGUGCAUUUGAGCAAAAAGAACUAAACUAGCAAAAAGAACUAAACUAGCUUUAAUAUCUCCAGCAAAACACACCAGUGUCAAGAGCCCACAGUUAAUUUUGUCCUAACCUAAGGGUUAGUGUGGUUUGUGUGUCGGUUCCUUUUUGUUCCUUGGUGGAAGGUUCUGGUUAAAGCCAUAGGAUUUUGCCAGUUGGUUUUUUUCUGACAGAGCUUUCCUUCUGCAGGCAAACCAUGGCUGUGUGUUCUGUUUGUUUUCUGGAGCAGCCCCAUGUCCAUGGAGAGAAUCCUGCUUUUUCCAUGGCCCUGUGCUGUCACUGUCCCUGCCCCUGCUUGGCUGUCAGCUUUCCUGUCCACAGCAGCACACAGGAAUUUUUAUGCCUGGUGUCUGUGCCUGUGUUGGUGUCUCACAGCAGAAGCAGAGCAGGAAUGACAUCAGCCUUGUCAGCACUUUCACCUCAUCCCAUGGAGGACAGAACUGGGAAAUGCUGAGAGCCAGCUCCUACAGUGGUAUGUGGGAAAUUGCCUGAGUAGUGAUUUCAGUCACUGCAUGUUGGCUUUGCUUUUCAUAAAGGUUGGUUUGGGAUAUUAUUACUUCUGUUUUAAUUAUUGCACGGCCUUCAGGAAAAAUUCUUAUCUACUUUUUUCCUAUUUUCCUCAUAUGGGCUGUAUGUGCAGAGCCCUUUGGGCCAGGCCUCAGCUGGUAUAAAUUCCAGUUGUAAGUAUAAUUGAGCAACAUGUCAAAAUGAAAAUCAAUUCUAAAAAUAACUCUGCCUCAGAAAAACAAUGAAUUUAGGAAAAAUGAGAACAAAAGCAUAUUCUGAACUUUACUUUUAAGCAGAGAAGUGUGUUCAAUUGGUAAACAAUAGAAUAGAAUACCUUAUUGAAAAAAUCCUUUCAGUUGGAGACUUAGAUCCCUCCUUUCCAUUUAAGUAAUUGAAGUCAAGACCCUUUCAAGUUGAAAAGAGAUUUUGAAAUAUUUGAAGCCACAGACAAAGUUUAUUUUUAAAACAUAUUUAAAAAUUGCACAGUUAUAAAUACAAUUAAUAAAUACAAUUUAAUAUGUGGAAAAGAACCCAAGGAAGGCAUGCUUCCAUUACAGUACAAAAAUACUACAUUAAGUGUGGUGCUUUGCAAAUAGUCAUCUAUGACCUUAAUAAACUUAACACAUCCAGUAUGCACAUCAUUCUUUUUUGAGGAAAUAGAUUAUUUUAAACAGCAGUGCAGGGAAACACCAAAUUAAAGCAUCAGUAAACUAUAGUCUGUGUUUAAUAUUGUACACAGCUGAUAAUGCACGAAGCAUACAGAGGCAGAGUUACCUGUGGUAAGAAACUGACCUUGCACCCAGGAUGUUCUUACAUUCAGAUUCUGAAUCUGGGUCAGUGUGAGCCUUGGGAAGGGAAUGUAAACAUUCAGGUGUGGGGCUGAGCUCCCACCUGGGCAGUGCUGCCCAGCCCUGCCUGCGCUGCCCCACGGGCCCAGGGAGCUCUGCAGGCUGUGCAGCAGCAGCAGGGCUCUUCAGAUGGCCCAGGUGAAAGGAUCUGCCAACCCUGGAAUCACUUCUUUCCUCUAUGUUGGCUUAAAAAUAAAGCCAAAAGAACUGAUGCAAGAUUGCAAAGGUUUUCAAACAGUUUACAGCAUAUAGAAGAAGCCACACAGAAUGCCUCUCAAAACUAUAUAGUUUUAUUUUACUCUAGAUAUGUUAUACUCUGAUAUAUAAAAUAUAUUUAUAAAUUUUUUUUAUUUUUCUGAAUUUACAAUAGCUUACUGAUAUUAAAAAGGCUAUUUAAAUUAAAGGUUCAGCCAAUGUCGAUGGCAUUCUGUAAAUGUAGAAGGGGAAAAGAGAUCAAAGCACAUCAAGUCUUGACCAUGCAAGCUUGCUCAAUGGGCUGUCACAUAUUGCAAGCAUUUGUAAUGUUACAGCAUAUUGUAGGAAAAUUUAGAUUCCUUCUGUCUCUUUACCUUGCCUAACACCUGUUACUUUGUGGGCUGAGGCUCUGAAGCUUCCCAUGGAUUCUCUGACAUGCCUAUUUUUCAUUUUCCUACCUUUGUUCAAAGUGUCAGUGAUCUCUUCAUGCAUGGCACUCCUGUUCUCUCUGAUUUAUUUCACCAGUCCAAAAAUCAGUAGAACCAUAAUGAAGGAAUCUGAUUCUAGCCUAGGUAAGGUUUGAAUAGUAGAUAAUACUGUAUUGCAUAUCCACCAUUUUUUUUUCACAACGUGCAGUGCAUUUUGUCUUACCAUUUUUGUGAAUAAUUGGUAUAUUAUUAACAUUUAUUACAUAGAUUCACUGUACAGACUGCUAAGCUGACAACACUGGUGACCAGAAAUCACAUUUUUUCAACUGUGCAGGUAAUUCAUGCGAAAAUAACUAAUAUGUCUCGUUUUGCAGAUGCAAGUUUGGGCAAAAGAGAUCUACAACCAAUUUAUGCUCUGCUCCAUUUCUCACUGGCUCCAGCAGACAAUGAUUGAGGCCUCAGGCUCUGGCUGUACCAGUGAGGACAGCUGCUGUUAUUUCUGCCAUGGAGUGCGCUGUGGAUAUUCCUAGGAUAGCUGGCUGUUCUGUGGUUGAGACUAGAGUUGAAAAUGUGAAAAUCCAAACAACCCAGCUUCACUGUGAAAGCUGUGCAGAUUUAGCUUUUUCAUUCUUGAGAGGGUCCUGCUCUCAGGACUAAAAAGCAGGACUAAAACAUGUCUGCAAAAGCUGCUAUACAGAUGUCUGUUAUUAAUUAAACACUUGGAGCAACAGUGAAACCCACAACACAAAGUGAAUUCUAAGGAGGGGAUUUUAAAAGGGCUCUGUGUUUGGUCUGGCCUGUUCCAGGUAAUAUGAACAACUCAGAUUUGAGUCUGACAGAUGCAAAGGACUUGUAAAAUGUUCCACAGAUGAUGUGAAUCAAUAGUUUUGGAAUAGCCUAUGUGUGAGCCUUCUGCAUGCAUUCUCUAAACACAUGCUCAGGUAGUGUUGCUGCAUGCUGGGGGUUAAUAUUGCAGAGUGGUUACUGGUUAAUGCAGUUGCAUGCAAUAUUGUCACAUGAGCUUUUGUGUCAUUUGAACCUCCCCCUC